UGAGAGGACUCUCUCUCCCAGCGCCUCUUUCGGCCGCCGCGCUUACGGCCAUCGCCCGCGCGGCGCCUUCUGGGAAAUCGAGUCCUCUCUUCCGUAACCGCUAAGUAGGCGGGCCGCGCCCGAGACUCCAUUUCCCGUCGGCUCUUGCAACAGGGCCGGGCAGGGCCGGCUCCCGAGCCGCCUCAGACGGAGCCAGCCAGCGCGGCCCCCCCCUCCCUUUUCCCCGGUGUCGGCCUCACCAUGAGCAGCGGCAGCGCCGGUUCUUCCCGGCCCCGAACGAGCUCUUUCGCAGACCCGUCCGGAGGGGCUCCCGCUACGGCCCCCACCGCGCCAGGCCCGACCUCGGGGGCAGCGCCUGGGGGCAAACCCGGGGGGGCUGCCGGGCCUGGGCCGGGGGGAGGCGGGACCAGCUCGACGGUCGCCUUCCCGGGGCUCAAGCUGGGGCGAGAUAGUAGCAAAGUGACCACUGUGGUGGCCACACCUGGCCAGGGUCCAGACCGCCCUCAAGAAGUCUCGUAUUCCGAUAUCAAAGUGAUUGGCAAUGGCUCCUUUGGCGUUGUCUACCAAGCCCGAUUAGCAGACUCUGGCGAGCUGGUGGCUAUCAAGAAAGUAUUACAAGAUAAACGUUUCAAGAACCGGGAGCUGCAGAUCAUGCGGAAGCUGGAUCACUGCAAUAUUGUCCGCCUGCGAUAUUUCUUCUACUCGAGCGGAGAAAAGAAGGAUGAAGUUUACCUUAAUUUAGUCCUGGACUAUGUGCCCGAAACAGUCUAUCGUGUGGCCCGCCACUUCACCAAAGCCAAACAGACCAUCCCUGUCAUCUAUGUGAAGGUAUACAUGUAUCAGUUGUUCCGCAGCCUCGCUUACAUCCAUUCUCAAGGCGUGUGUCAUCGAGACAUCAAACCUCAGAAUCUGUUGGUGGAUCCCGAUACAGCAGUACUGAAGCUUUGCGACUUCGGCAGUGCAAAGCAGCUGGUGCGAGGCGAACCCAAUGUUUCCUACAUCUGUUCUCGCUAUUACCGUGCGCCUGAGCUCAUUUUUGGAGCCACCGAUUACACUUCGAACAUAGAUAUCUGGUCUGCCGGCUGUGUGCUGGCCGAGCUGCUUCUGGGGCAGCCCAUCUUCCCUGGAGACAGUGGAGUGGAUCAGCUAGUGGAGAUCAUCAAGGUGUUGGGAACACCGACGCGAGAACAGAUACGAGAGAUGAACCCCAACUACACAGAGUUUAAGUUCCCCCAGAUCAAAGCACAUCCAUGGAUAAAGGUGUUUAAGCCUCGCACGCCGCUGGAGGCCAUCUCGCUGUGCAGUCGCCUCCUUGAGUACACCCCAGCCACUCGCCUCUCUCCCCUGGAGGCCUGUGCCAACAGUUUCUUUGACGAGCUGCGUGAGCCCAACGCUCGGUUGCCCAACGGCCGUGACUUGCCCCCGCUCUUCAACUUCAGCCCUGUGGAGCUCUCCAUCCAGCCAGGGUUGAAUUCCAACCUCAUUCCACCGCACAUCCGGUCCCAGGCGAGCUCAGUCGGGUCUGUGUCUGGCUCUGGAACCUCCCAUAGUGAGGGAAGAAUGAACACUGACAGGAGCCAGGUCACACCAGGAGACGGCGCAGGACCCAUUGCCAAUACGUCCUGAGGGGUCGCUGGGCCCGGGGGGCAGGUCCCCUCCACUACCCCCUACCCCCAGGCCACCCACAUGGACUUCUCUGAACUGUGAAUGGUGGGGGAAAGCAAUCUUGGCCCGGGGACCAGGUGGAGGGGGGAGGCCAAUUGGGGAUGGGAUGGCCACUUGGACGGGAGGGGUGGGGAAGGGGAUUCCCUCAAAGGUUGUCCUCUGAUGCCUUGGCUCGGGGAGGGAGGGGGUGGGGAGAACAGAAAAAUCCCAUGGCUUUGAGGGCUCCCUUCUCUGUCAAAAGCGGUUCAGGUUGGUACCUCCGGAGAGGAUGGAGGGGGAAGGACCGGAGAGCUGCUGCCAUCUUCCUUUCUUCCUCUUCCUCUGGCUAAUCCCAAAUCUGUCCUAAUUUGAGUUUUAAGUUGCUCUUGUUUUUAACAUCCCCUGGGGAGGGCGCAAAGAUGGUUUUAUUUCCCUGUCUCAUGUCAUUCAUGCUUUCCGAACUCCACCUCUUGUAUAUCCCCUUCCCACAGUUAAUGGUUCCUUCUCCAGAUUGCCCUCCACAUCCCAAGACGUGUCUGUUCUGUGAAACCUGGAUGCUGUAUUUUUAAGCUGGUCUGUUUUAUAGCCCAAUAACAUUCGGUUUUUUUUGUCCCAUUCCAGCGGGGAAUCGCUCUUCCUCCCCCACCCCUCCCCUCCCCACCCCUGCAACCCCACCCCCACCCUUCCUGACCUGCUCCUUUGCUUGCCAUGCCUCCGCCCGCAAUCUCUUACCGGGAACAAGCAAGCCCUCUCCCCCUUGCCUUGGAUUGUGAGGGGGGGCAUGGCCAACCAUUCCUCGCUCCUCCCGCGAUCCCAUCAGAGGUAGCACUUGGGAUUUCUUGCCUGGGGGUGGGAGGGAAUCCCGUGGGUGCGUGUGCGCAGUUGUGUGUUAUUGCGCGUGUGUGUGUGUGUCUGGAACAAGCUGGUAUUAAGAGCAGGCGGGAAACUAGCAGAAGCUUGCUCUGAGUUUCGUUGUGUCUGCUCCCUAUAGCAGUUUUCCUCCCCCGGUGCUGCAAAACAAUUUUGUGGAUCUCUUGGGGGAGGGGCGUAGGGUUCUCUAAAGGGAAUUGGAGAAGGCAAGUUUUAAUUUAAUGCCUGUUCCCUCCCUGCUGUAAAUACAUAUUUUUCCUCAUCUAAAUCCCUUAAAAUGGCUUCCUUUUUCCAUUUUCCCUGUAAAUAGAUUAAUUUUUUUCUUAAUGAAAUGUUGCAAUGAUUGACCACCCCUCCCCACCCCCCACCCCAGUUUCCCUUUCCAUUUUUAAAUCAUCUAGGAUUGACGGUUUCCCCCUAGGGAGCCCAGGGUGCAGCCUGUGGAUAAUUUCCCUCACCCUCAUAUUUAUCCUCAUCACUGCCUUCCUUCCUUCCUUCCUGCCUUCCUUCCUCCCGACAUUGUGUGUUAGUUUCUUUCUUAGGUUUUUUUUGGCUGUGUACAGACAUCCGGUUCAAUAAAUUAUUGGCAUGAACGGAAGGACUGUCAUGAAGCUCCUUAUUAAAUGGGGAGAGGAUUGAAUGAGAUAAAACAAUAAUCAUAGCCAGAAAGCCCCAGAAUUUUUUUUUUAAAAAAUCACUUGUUGAGGUGUUUGUUGCCAAAUAUAGGUAGUCCUCGACUUACAAUAGUUCGCUUAGUGACCGUUCAAAGUUACAACAGCACUGAAGUGUGACUUAUGACCGUCUUCCACACUUAUGACUUACAUUUGGAUGCUUGACAACUGACUCACACUUAUGACAGUUGCAGUGUCCCAGGGUCAUGUGAUCACCUUUUGUGACCUUCUGACAAGCAGUGUUAAUGGGGGAAACCAGAUUCGCUUAACAAUCGUGUUACUAAUUUAACAACUGCAGUGGUUCACUUAACAAAUGUGGCAAGAAAAAGUCGUAAAAGGGGGCAAAAUUCAUUUCGUCCAAUGUCUCACUUGGCAACAUAAAUUUUGGGCUCAAUUGUGGUUGUUAAGUCGAGGACUAUCUGUACAGAUCUUGAGAGGGGGGAAUUGGUUCAGUUGUGUACCAUCCUAGUUUCACUAUUUAAAUUUGAAUGUACAGGGUUUUGUUUUGUUUCUAAAAAUGAAAAUGGACUCCUUAACGUUGGGAUCAAGAUUUUUGCCACCUCAACAGCAUUUGUGGUUGACCCUUUUGGGGUAGCUUAGGCUUCAGCCUCGUGUUCCUUGUGUUAAUACUGGCUACUUGAAACGCCGUAAAUUCUCCUAUACACAACUAAGUUCACAAAAGAAUGCUUAUGGCAUGUAGAUUGGAUGGCAUAGCUCUACUUUGUUCAAUGUGUAUGACAUGCGGUCCCUCUUAGCAAUGUCAGCUGUCAAGCUUGCUAUUGAACUACACCCAAUUAAGAAAAAUAGCCUUUAGCAUUAGCUGAGAACUUGUCCACUGGAUUGUAGCUAGGUGUGCACAAUUAACACAUCCAUUACUGCCCCAACCAGGUGGCACAGUUCCUUGGUUAGUUAUUACACUGGAAUCUUUUCACUGGACGGUGUCGGCUUUUACCCCUGUUGUUUUCUAUCUGCUUCGGUAGUUAAGACUGUCUUUUGAGUUUUAUAUUCUAAAAAGGUAAUAUCCUCACAUGAUAACUAAUAUGCCUGUUUGCUAACGAUUCCAGAUUCCGCAAAUACGUCAAAUGUUUUUUGUGAAGCCAGCCAACCUAGUUAAAGUUUUAGUACGCUGGAUGAACUCGGAUUGGGUUACGUCAGUCGUGUUCAUGUGAUGUCCAAGCGCAGCAAAUACAAAACUACCUAGGGGGACGGACUACCCAUUGAAAUCAUUUUUUUCCUUUUGCCAUUAUGCUAAAACAUUUUGGUCUGGAAAAUCGUCAUAAAAAUUCUUGAGUUUUAAAACAUGCAUGUUCAUCAGUCAUCGUACGCCAGUCAUCUAAAGGUGGCACAGACCUUUUCCAAUUAAAAAAAAAAUGGAACUGGCCUUCAGCUAGGAGUUACAUAUUAAAGCAGAAAUCCUGUACUUUUUACUUGUUGCUCAGAUGGGACAGUUUUAAUUAAAACGCGGCUUGUUCUGCUAGGACUGCAGGCAUAAUAAAACUGUUUGUGACAAACUAUCAAAGCACAAAAGGUAUCCCCUUUCUUUUGC